UUAUCUUUCAUGUAAAGGCUCUUCGGUGCUACACACGUGGAGAAGUUUAACACAUCGCUACCUCGCUGAAGAUUUGGAUCCAAAUCAAACAGAGGAUGACGAGUGAGGACGUGGAGCGGCUCCUGAUCCAGUUUCAGGAUGAGGAAGGGGAGGUUCUGGGUUCACCUUUUGAUGUGCCUCUAGACAUCACUCCAGACAAACUGCAGCUGGUCUGCAAUGCGCUGCUACAGAAGGAAGAGCCAGUACCACUGGCAUUUUUUGUGCGUGGCGAGGCUGAGGUGGUGUCCAGUCUGGGGUCUUGUGUGAAGGCUCUUGGGGUUGAGACAGAGCAGGUCCUGCCAGUUGUGUACCAGCCUCAGGCUGUGUUCAGAGUUCGAGCUGUGGCCCGCUGUACCAGCACACUACAGGGACACACAGAAGCUGUCAUCUCAACUGCUUUCAGCCCCACCGGCAAAUAUCUGGCCAGUGGUUCAGGUGAUACCACAGUGCGUUUUUGGGACUUGGCAACUGAGACGCCCCACCACACUGCCAGAGGACACACACACUGGGUAUUGAGCAUCGCCUGGUCACCCGAUGGCAAGAAACUGGCUUCAGGGUGCAAGAACAGUCAGAUCUGUCUUUGGGAUCCAGUGACGGGUACACAGAUGGGAAAGACUUUGACAGGACACACCAAAUGGAUCACUUGGCUCUGCUGGGAACCUCUACAUCUUAACCCAGAGUGUCGGUACUUAGCCAGUAGCUCUAAGGACGGGUCAGUACGUAUCUGGGACACAGUGUUGGGACGCUGCGAGAAGAUCCUGACUGGACACACUCAGUCAGUCACCUGUGUGAAGUGGGGAGGAGAUGGACUUCUGUACACUUCUUCUCAGGACAGAACGGUCAAAGUCUGGAGAGCCAAAGAUGGUGUCCAGUGCAGGACUCUGCAGGGACACGCCCACUGGGUGAACACCCUGGCUCUCAGCACAGACUACGUCCUGCGCACUGGCGCUUUUGAACCCGCAACUGCCACUGUCAACCUGCAGGACCUCACCGGAUCAUUGGAAGAGAUUAAAGAGAAAGCCUUGCAGAGAUAUAACAAAGUCAGGGGUUCAGCUCCAGAGCGCUUGGUGUCUGGCUCAGAUGAUUUCACCUUGUUCCUGUGGAACCCUGCAGAAGACAAGAAGCCUCUGGCCAGGAUGACCGGCCACAGCGCCCUAGUCAACGAAGUGCUCUUCUCCCCAGACACCAGGCUCCUCGCCUCAGCCUCGUUUGACAAAUCCAUCAAAAUCUGGGACGGACGCACUGGAAAGUACUUAAUGUCCCUGCGUGGCCAUGUGGCAUCUGUGUAUCAAGUGGCGUGGUCAGCAGACAGCAGGCUGCUGGUCAGCGGCAGCAGCGACAGCACGCUGAAAGUUUGGGACAUCAAGACAGGAAAGCUCAACAUGGACCUACCCGGUCACGCUGAUGAGGUUUAUGCAGUGGACUGGAGUCCUGAUGGACAAAGAGUGGCCAGCGGCGGGAAAGACAAAUGUCUCCGAAUAUGGAGGAGAUAGCCUCACCUCUGUCCUCCUUCCUAACGUUGGCAGAGGAUUCACAUCUUCUCCUGUCAAGAACCGUGACAGCUGGAACAAGGGUGGCUAGACUGUUCCCAAUCCCCCAUUUUGGCUUUAUUACACUGUCUGGCAAAAGUGGCAUUGUGUCAGGGAGCUCUAGUCUGGUCAUGAUGGAAAAGCCCUGGUUAACAUUAAUGACUGUAAAGGUGUCAAGCUCAAUGGAAAUGUAACAUAGGAGACUUUAUAUUCAUGGCAACCUCCAUCCAUUGAGAUGACUGCGAAUAGAGGUUGUACUGUAAUAUGUAUUUCAGCGUUAGGGUUCCCAUUCAUGUACAUACUGUUUUGUACACAUCAGGAGUCUUGACACGUAAAGACCUUUCUCCCAGAUGCAGAAACCACAAACACGGUUAUGUAUUUAAAAAUGAAUACGUAACCAAAUUCUUUAAUAUCUGAAUACAGUGUAUAUUCUAACCAACGCGUCAGGAAAACAGAUAUUUCUCAGCUUGAUGUUUGUCCCCUCCUUCACCUUACGCGUCACUAGAUGAACUAUAUCCUGUAAGUGACAGGUGCACUGGGGAGGCAACAGGUGGGCGCGCUAAUACUUCCCUUCUGUGAUGUUAAUGCCGACGGUGCUCGCCCUGCUCCUUCAGCCUUUAAUCUCUUCUGUCCUGCGGUCAGCAAAGCCUCAACCUGCUGAUUUUUCUCCUGCCUGUGCGCGCGAAGCCAAGUGGCACCAGCUCGGGACUGCUUGAUUCGCAUCCCAGUGUGGAACAACCAUGUUUCACCACUCCGGUUAAAAUGCUGUGUUCUGCAUCCAGCUGGCUCUAUGUGAAUAUUUAACACGAAUAAAUAUUUACGUCAGUUUUUAAAUCCACUUUCAAUUAAUUGUCAGAUUCUAUGUAGAAAAUCAUUAAGAAAAUAAAUAACAGCAACUCUCGCUGUUUGUCACUCAACAGAUAAAUGUUUGGUUCAGUUGUUGUACAUCAGUGAAUGCUUUUGUUUUAAGAAGCAGCCUUUGUAUGUUGCUGGACAUUUUGCUGGAGGUAGAAUUUACUCCAAAUUAUAUUCACACAAACAUACAUCCCACCACAGUAUCUACAUCUUAUUCUUCAUUUUAUUAAUCUGACGUCUUGACACACAUUUUCCAUCACACAAAUCAGGUUUAUUAAGUUCAAGUUUAUUGAGACCAGUGAAACCAUGUUAUUUCUAAUUAUGUUUCUACAUAUGUUUCUACAUCUGAGUUUUAAAUCAUACUUUCCAGCACUGAUGUUUUUGAACAAUUUUUUUUAUUUUCCUGAUGUCAUACCGACAUAUUUCAGUUUUCCUUCAGCACAAAUAAAUUCUUCAAUUUGCUUUAGAGGAAGAUCCUCUGAAAUGUGAAUGAUUACUCCAAAUUCGAUAUGCUGUACCAUGAGGUGCACAUGCUGUUUGCCUGUUGAUGAAAAGCAGAAACAUACGGUAGGAUUGUGCUUUUGUUAAUGAAACCACAAUGGCAGAGACAUAAGGAUUAAACAGUAUUCUGCUGCUCCUGAUUUAAAAUGUAGUACAGAUUUGCCGAAAUUGGGGAUUUCACAUUGGAGAUUCUACUGAAGUAGUUUGGCAAAGAGGAUUAAAAAGGCCUCUGUGCAAUGUCAUCGAGCCUCUGACACAUCUGCUUCCCCUUUGUUGGAGUUAAACAUAUGUAAACACUGUUAGACGAGACUGAACACCUUCAAAGACGGGGCUUAUUAACAAUUUCAUCAGUUAGCGUACGAAGAGCUCACGAUGCAGGUUAGCAUGAGGUAAACAAAGAAUAUUUAAAGUGACAUAAUAUCUGACGAGGGGGAA